AUGCCAAUUGCCAUCACGCCCCCGGUGCCUCAGGUCAAGGCCAUUAUUCCUGAGGAGCCCAAGAAGAGAAAGGUCAUCUGCUUCUCAGACUUUGAUGGCACGAUCUUCAUGCAAGACACUGGCCACAUCCUCUUCGACGCUCACGGUUGCGGAUCCAAGAGACGUGAGAUUCUCGACGAACAAAUCAAGAAUGGCGAGCGGUCCUUCAAGGAAGUCUCGGAAGAGAUGUGGGGUUCCCUGAAUGUCCCCUUCGACGACGGCUUCGAGGUAAUGGCCGAGACCCUCGAGAUCGACCGUGACUUUCAGACAUUCCACAAGUGGUGCCUGGCCAACAACAUCCCCUUCAACGUCAUCUCGGCCGGCCUGAAGCCCAUCCUCCGGAGAGUGCUCGAUACUUUCCUGGGUGAGGAAGCGUCGUCCCACAUCCAGAUCAUCGCCAACGAUGCCGAGAUCAAGGAGGAUGGCUCGGAGUGGAAGCCCAUCUGGAGACACGACAACGAAUUGGGCCACGACAAGGCUCUUUCGGUCAACGAGGCCCGCCAGGAGGCUGAGAUGACAUGCGAGGAUGGUACUGUCCCCCUGAUCGUCUUCAUUGGCGAUGGUGUUUCCGACCUCCCCGCCGCCCGCGAGGCCGACGUUCUCUUUGCUCGCAAGGGACUUCGCCUCGAGGAGUACUGCAUCGAGAACAAGAUCAAGUACCACGCCUACGAAACCUUUGCCGACAUCCAGGCGAAGCUCGAGGAGAUCCGCAAGGAGGAUGAGGAGAAGACCGCCGGCCGGGGCAUGCCCGCCAUCUUCAACCCCAGAGCCAACCUGUGGAGACGUGUCUCCAGCAAGACUGCCAUUCCGCGCUUCGCUGUCAUGUCGCCUUCCAAGGAGGAGAAGAUGUUCUUGUGGCCUGAGGCUUACACUGAGCUGAAGACUCCCCAGGUUGAGCUUACUGAGAUCGGGUCGUUGAACUCCACUGUCCAGGCAUAG